GACUGCAGCACUUUCUCUUGGAAAUACAUUUUUCCCGACUUCACACAACAGACUAAUAAUGAGGUCAAAGAGUCAAGCACCACUUGGCAAAUCGGUCCAUAACACAGAGAAGGAGUUUGGAGGAACCCUCGGCGCCGUUUGCAUUCCCAUCUUUCUUCCGUUGACGGUGCUUUUUCUGAUCUGCGUGAGUCGAUCUCCCGACGCGGCUCUGCUCCGGUGGCCGCCGCCUUUGCCCUCGCUCGACCAACUCUGGGACCCUUUGGCUCCCGUCCUCCUGCUGAGCUGGAUAGCUUUGCACGCUUUCCUUUAUCUGCUGCCAUUCGGAAAGGUCUCUGAGGGAAUAGUGUUGAGAGAUGGAACCCGCCUCAAGUAUCCCAUAAACGGCUUCCAUAGCCUGUGCGUCAGUGGCGCAUUGCUGGUGUUGCUUCUGAUGCUCGGGGCUCCUUUGGGGCUUCUGUUCAAGCUGAUGUUGCCUCUGGCAAUGUGUGCAACAGGAGUCUCCUUCGUGCUCUCCGUCUGCCUCUAUGUUCGUUCCUUUUGGGCUCCUCCUCACGCCCUUGCUUUGGGGGGCAACACAGGAAAUCCUGUGUAUGACUUGUUUAUUGGACGGGAGCUAAACCCUCGCAUAGCUCACUUUGACCUGAAAUAUUUCUGUGAGCUCAGACCAGGUCUGAUUGGCUGGGUGGUCAUAAACUUUGGUAUGCUGAUGCAAGAAGUGGAACUUCGAGGCUCCGCCUCACUUGCCAUGGUCCUGGUCAACAGUUUUCAGUUGCUGUAUGUGGCCGACGCUCUGUGGAAUGAGGAGGCGGUUUUGACCACGAUGGACAUUGUGCAUGACGGUUUUGGCUUUAUGCUGGUUUUUGGUGACCUGACCUGGGUUCCCUUCACGUACGGCCUGCAGGCGGCCUUUCUGGUCGAGCAUCCUCAAGCCCUAAGUCCGCUGGGAGUUGCAGCUAUAAUAACUUUAAAUGGCAUUGGAUAUUACAUUUUCCGAAAGUCCAACUCACAGAAGAAUCAAUUCAGGAGAAACCCCACACAUCCAAGUGUUGCAAGGCUGGAGACCAUCGCCACGGCAACAGGGAAGCGUUUGCUGGUGUCUGGUUGGUGGGGUCUCGUUCGUCAUCCCAAUUACUUGGGUGAUCUCCUCAUGGCCUUGUCUUGGUCUCUGCCGUGUGGAUCCUCACAUCUUCUGCCGUACUUCUAUGUGAUAUAUUUCACCGUCUUGCUGAUUCACCGCGAGGCCCGCGACGAGAGACACUGUAGAGCCAAAUAUGGACUUGCAUGGGACGCAUACUGUCGACGUGUCCCCUACAGGAUCCUCCCUUUUAUUUACUGAGGACUAAGGGCCACAGGCGGACCACAAGAAAACUAUUCUAUGGCGCCGUCGUAACACAUUUGCACACGAAUGCGCCGACUGAAAGAAACUUUCGGGGGAAACGCAGUCACUUCAUUAACCGAUCAGCUGAGUCUGUCACAUGUAUUAGAAUAUAGGCCAAGUGGACCACCGAGUCCAAAAAGAAGCCUCCCUUGCUGUGGUUUGCUUUUCUUUUUGUGAACAUAUUUGGUCUAGCUCUGAUCAAAAUGAUGUUCUCUCAGCAUUCAUGCUAACGCUGUAGCGGGCUCCCAUUGUUGACAAACAGAUUUCUAUUUCCUUCAUUUCUAGUUUAGAACCUCAAAACAGCGUCUGCGAGCAAACCACCAGUGGAGCGCGAAUGUCCGAGAGAACAAAAAGUCAUAAGCAUUUGUUAAACCGUGAACGUAUCCUUACUGAAACCCUUUUUCUAUUUACAGACAUCUGCAUUCGGUUCAAAACAAUCGAUUCAAUUUGCCCUCGUUGAUUGCAAAUAUGAUUUCUGUCACACGCAGCGAGUCGUGCAAAUGGAGGUGAGUGAGAGUGCGCUCUGUUGAUGGGCACCUUCAUUUCUCACCUCCCUGCACCCACUUAAGUACACUUUGCCUCUUGCUUCGCCCACACCGCACUCAAGCUAUUUUUUGCCUUGUUUUUCAUCUGCAAAGUGCUAAUGACAAACAUGCUUGGUGGUUGUAGAAAUGGUUCAUAAAGUAGAACACGUGCAUGAGUGUGCACAUGCUCAAUGCACUACAGUAUAGUGACAGCAAACACUUUUUUUGCAGAGCCUUUGCUAUAUAAUAUUAUUCACAUUUGGAAACAGCAGAUUCAGACUCACACUUGAAUUUGCUAUAAACAGUACGUUUUCAGUUUAUUGUGUGUCGAGUUGAUCGAAAUGACGAGUGAAAAGCAUGAUAUUCCUUUGUUGGUGAAAACUCACUUUCUUUUCAUAAUCAAUAUUUAAUUAUUGUCAUUGGCGUUUUUGUUCAGUCACAAUUUAAAUAUACCAAAGUACAGUUGGAUCUUAUGUUUUAUGUCUGCAGAGCCCGAAUAACAUGCAAUGUCCUACAGUGCCUUGUGUAAUGAUGAAUUAGCGAUUCACUGUGCGCGCGCGCGCCCAUGUGUAUGCCAGUCUUACCGUUUCAAGCCCUGCAGUUGUAGCCAGUUUCCAUGGCGACAUGUCUGUGAGCGCACAGACGUAGGAAGAGAGGGGAAAGGCGUUGAGACAGUUAUGCCAGAGCGGAGGGUGAUGAAAAAGGAAGAGCCCCGGAUGACGAGUGUGAAACAGUGGGAAAAACAUGUGCAUAUAUAUAUAUAUAUAUAUAUAUACAUAUAUAUAUGCACACACAUACAUACACACACACUGCCAGACGUGAGGUGAAGGUGAUCUUGAAUUGUAUAUUUUCUGUGUAUUGAGUGAAAGGGGUGUGAGUCAACAGGAAUGUAUAAUAUCAUUUUGUUUCCAUGGUGACAGUGGAGAAUGAUAUGUCCUUUUCACUCAGAAGAAAAUAGCAGCUCGGUGCCUCAUUGCUGUUUUGAUUUCUGUCCAACCACUAUUGUGGCAUGAAGCAUUUUAUGUCAUAAUAGACACAAAUUAAGUUUACACAGCAAAGCUUUUUUUAUUUAUUUAUUAUUAUUAUUUUAAGUAUGGAAAUGAUAGGGAAUCAACAUUAAUCAUAUCUUGCUGUGUUUAACUUAAGGAUCAGGUCCCCACAGUGCAUUAUAAAAUUAACCCAUAAGGCAGUCACUGUAUUACUGUAAUUGAAAACGAAAUCUUUAAAAAGAAAAAAGUUUAUUGAAUUGAGUUUAUUUCAAGACCCAAACUUCAGACUUGAACCUUUUUUCUUUAAUUUCUAAGUUUGUCAACUAUGAAACCUGACUUUGUCAUGCAGAUGAGCUCUUGUCACACGACCUGGAUUAACAAUACAAUUCAUUUGGAAUAUAUGUAUAUGAAAUGUGGCUGCGUGCCUGUCCUUCCCUCACAUGUACUGCAAAGGCUGCGCACAUGGGCUCGAAAAGACAGGAAAUAAGCGAGUUUUGGGGAGUGUAUUAAUUUUAUUAGAAUACAUAUGAAUUGCUUGUUUAUGAACUGUACAUCAGAGUGUAACCUGAUUGAUCCAAUGUUGUCCACCAAACUGGCUAUAUAUUAUACAGUGAUCAGAAAUGUAUAAAAGAUGGUUUCAAAUGGAUAUGCUUGAAAUGCCUAAAACAUUUGUUUUGUGAUUACAUACAUAACUGUAGAUACAUAGAGACAGCCAACCAAAUUGUAUUUCUCCGUCUGUCCUUGGGUGCUUGGUUUCGAUUGUCCUCACUUCAUUCGAAGUAAAGUGACUCACUGGACACAAUCAUUAAGUACGCCUGCACAACAACACAAUUUCCCUUCAUCUUACCAUGAUCGCGUCAAAACAGAAUAUUAAUAUGUUGGUUUUGAUAAACCUCUGGCAUUGAAAAUGAUCCUCAAUAUUGUGGCCGAGAUGAUUUUAUGUUUGUGUCUUUGGGGUGGGGGCGGGCUGUGUCAAACGCGAACCGCGGUCACAUUCUGGGACAACUCGGGUUGAGCUGCAGGCUGGCUCCAGACGUCGUCGACGUUCCAAAAAUCCAAAUUGACGAGAGCAAGAAGAUCCCAUACGUUCUGGACUAAAAUAGCUGAAACUUUCUGCAAAUCGAUCAGAACUUUUUGUUUUAUUUUCCUUUCUGGUUUCUAGUUUCUUUCUAUUCCUUUAGAAAUUUUUGUGAUGUAUAUGUAUUCCUUUCCUUGUGUCAUUAUUUAAUUCACUUCAUUCGAUUUAAUGAACUUAUUGUUAUUCCCAUGGAAGGUUUCCAGCUGAAAAGAUUUUCAUUUCUCAAGUUAGCGCUAUUCUCUCACUGGAUGAGCAGCGGCGACACAGAAAUAUUAUUGCAAUCAUGACACCGAAAGAGGAUGUCAGAACAACACAUGUAAACAAUAUAUGUCAUCAAGUAUGUUAUAUAUGAAAAUGCUUCUUGUCUCAUUACUGUAUUGUAAACACCUUCAUUUCACUUUAACCCGCAUAGAUUUUACAAGCAUUUUGUACAGCUC